AUGUACGGCACCGGCGGCCAAUACGCAAUGAUGGGAUUCUUUAACUCCUUCGUGCAUACCGUCAUGUACUCCUACUACUUUAUUUCGGCUCUUUAUCCCGAGCUCAAGGGCAGUCUCUGGUGGAAGAAGUAUAUCACUCUACUCCAAUUGGCACAGUUUAUUUUGCUAUUCUUCCAACCUAUUCAUGUGCUCAUCUUUAAUCCGACGUGCGGAUUUCCAAUGGGACUGCAUCUUAUGCAGCUGGCGGCGGCAACAUCCUUCAUAAUCAUGUUUAGCAAUUUUUAUUAUCAUGCUUACAUUAAGCCCAAGAAAUUGAAAACGCAGUAA